GGGUGUAUCUACGAACACGUUCCACACAUUCCACAUUCCAUAGAGCACAGGAGAGUAUACAAAAAUGGUUCACGGACCGCCAGCACGCAGAAAAUCUCAGCAGCAGUCGAAUAACGGGAAUGGAAAUGGCAAUGGGCAAUGCGAAAUGGAUAUGGAUCCCAUGCCCACGCCCCCAGAUGGAGGCUGGGGCUGGGUAGUUGUCUUUGGCUCGUUCAUGAUUCACAUAGUCACCGAUGGCAUGACCUACUCCUUUGGCAUAUUCCACAACGAGUUUCUCACGUACUUCAAUGAGGGCAACGGCUACACCGCCUGGAUAGCCUCCAUAAUGGUGGGCGUUACAUUCUCCUCAGGUCCCAUCAGCUCGUCGUUUGUGAAUCGCUACGGGUGUCGAACGGUGACCAUUGCAGGCGCCAUCCUGGCCGCCGGCUGCAUCAUCGUCAGCAUGUUUGCCCAGAACGUGGCCACGCUGAUUGUGACCAUCGGCUUCGGCACGGGCCUGGGCUUCGGGCUCAUCUACCUGCCGGCCAUUGUCAGUGUGACGCAGUACUUCGAGGCGCGUCGCUCCCUCGCCACGGGCAUCGCCGUGUGUGGCUCGGGCUUCGGCACCUUUGUGUUUGCGCCGCUGACGGAGCUGCUCAUUGGCAGCUACGGCUGGCGCGGAGCGAUGCUCAUCAUUGGCGGCGUCGUCCUCAACUGCAUCAUAUUUGGGGCCAUGUUCCGGCCGCUGGAGGCGCCACGGCCCAAAGCGCGGAAGCACAAGAAAGCAGCGAUCAUGGACCAGAAUGUGACGCCAGCCGAACUGGAGCCGCUCAAGGCUCAGGUGACCGGAACGAAGCCAGCCACCGAUCAGUAUCUGCAGCUGCCGCAGCGCCUCGAUGCGCCAGUCAAUGGCGGCAACGGACUCUGCCGCUCCAACAGCGUUGGCCACAAUCUCAAGCCCACUCUGAACAACAAUUCGAAUGGCCAGAUCAACGGGCAGUCGCUGAAUACGCCGAUCACGGUGAAGAGCAACAGCAACGACGAUCUGGGACGCACCUAUGCCAGCCAGCCGCAGUUGAUGCCGCUGCGGGAGACGCAUCGGGAGCGCAGCGCCAGCGGCACCAUGUAUCGCCCGGAUGCGCUCUACCAGGGCUCGCUGCACAAUAUACCGGAGUACGCCAGCUCACGGAAUGAUCUCUCGCACUCGCGCGCCGGUUCCGGCAUCAUCAAGCGCUACGGCUCCCUAAGACAGAGUCAUCCGCUGGCCCAGAGUCAGGAGAUGACCAAAUGCUGCGGCUGCAUCAGCUGCUCGAAGGAGACGCGCGACACGUUCGCCGAAAUGAUGAACUUCUCGCUGCUGAAGGACGUGAUCUUUGUGAUCUUCGCCGUGUCGAACUUCUGCACGAGCAUCGGCUUCAACAUGCCCUACCUGUACGUGGUCUCCCAGGCGGAGACGCUGGACAUAAGCAAGAAGGACGCCAGCUAUCUGAUCGCCUCGAUUGGCGUCGCCAACACCGUGGGCCGCAUCAUCCUGGGCUACAUAGCGGACAAGCCCUGGGUGAAUCGCCUGCUCAUCUACAACGUGUGCCUGACGGUGUGCGGCGUGGCCACUGCGAUGGUGCCGCUCUGUCAGGAUUACAAUGCGCUGUUGGCCUAUUGCUCGGUUUUUGGUUUCACAAUUGGCGCCUAUGUGGGCCUCACCUCGGUCAUCCUGGUGGAUCUGCUGGGCCUGGAGAAGCUGACCAAUGCGUUUGGCCUGCUGCUGCUCUUCCAGGGCAUCGCUAGCUUCAUCGGACCACCAAUUGGAGGCUGGAUGUACGACAUCACGGAAUCCUAUUCGCCGGCCUUCCUCAUGGCCGGCAUCAUGAUCGCCAUCAGCGGCCUGGUCAUGUUCGCCAUUCCGCCGCUGCAGCGCUACCAGGAGCACAAGGCUAAGCAGAAGUUCAACUCGGAGCAGCUGGCGCUCAGCUAGCUUGACCUGACUAGAAAUCAUAGGCGUAUGAUUAACGAGUGUAUCUAAAAUAAUUUUAUACUCUCUCUCUUUUUUUAUUAUUAUUAUUUUUUUUUUUUUGUAGUUUAGAUUUUUUUACUUUGUAAAGGAAAAUUGUAUGGAAAUUGUAGAGCAGCCGUGCGUUAGACAAUAUAUGUAUGUAUAUCUACAAUACUAAGAGUAGGCUUAGGUUCGGGGCAACACACACGCACACACACACACACACAUAGCUAUAGACAUAAAUUAUUUAUAAAUCAACAUAGCCAAAA